GCAGACAGUUGGCGACUUCUGUGCACUGUGCGCUUCAGCAUCUGCUUACCCCACUCUGUCAUUUUUCAUGUUGCUGUUGUUCCCAGUUGCUUCCACUUUGUUAUAAUACCACUAACAGUUGACUGUGAAAUAUUUAGUAGCAAGGAAAUUUCACGGAUGGACUUAUUGCACGGUUGGCAACCUAUCAUGCUACCAUGCUUGAAUUCACUGAGCUCCUGAGAGCGACCCAUUCUUUCACAAAUGUUUGCAGUAGCAGUCUGCAUGCCUAGGCACUUGAUUUUUGUACACCUGUGGCCAUGGAAGUGAUUGGAACACUUGAAUACAAUAAUUUGGAGGGGCGUCCCAAUACUUUUGGCAAUAUAGUGUAUAUUUAAAUACAUUCCUCAAUAGUC